AUGGGGUGCAAAGUGCUGCUCAACAUUGGCCAGCAGAUGCUGCGGCGGAAGGUGGUGGACUGCAGCCGGGAAGAGAGCCGGCUGUCCCGCUGCUUGAACACCUUCGACCUCGUGGCCCUGGGGGUGGGCAGCACGCUGGGAGCCGGCGUCUACGUCCUGGCCGGAGCCGUGGCCCGUGAGGACGCGGGCCCUGCCAUCGUCAUCUCCUUCCUGAUCGCCGCGCUGGCCUCGGUGCUCGCCGGCCUGUGCUACGGCGAGUUUGGUGCCCGAGUCCCAAAGACGGGCUCUGCCUACCUCUACAGCUACGUCACCGUCGGGGAGCUCUGGGCCUUCAUUACCGGUUGGAACUUGAUCCUCUCCUACAUCAUCGGUACUUCAAGCGUAGCAAGGGCCUGGAGCGCUACGUUCGAUGAGCUCAUAGGCAGACCCAUCGGGCAGUUCUCGCGGACACACAUGGCCCUGAAUGCCCCGGGGGUGCUGGCCGAAACCCCCGACAUAUUCGCCGUGAUCAUAAUUCUCAUCUUGACAGGACUUUUAACUCUUGGUGUGAAAGAGUCGGCCAUGGUCAACAAAAUAUUCACUUGUGUCAAUGUCCUGGUCCUGGGCUUUAUCAUGGUGUCAGGAUUCGUGAAAGGAUCAAUUAAAAACUGGCAGCUCACGGAGGACGAUUUCCAGAAUACGUCCGGCAAUCUCUGUCUGAACAAUAACACAAAGGGAGGGAUGCCUGGCGUUGGUGGAUUUAUGCCCUUCGGAUUCUCUGGCGUCCUGUCAGGGGCAGCGACUUGCUUCUACGCCUUCGUGGGCUUUGACUGCAUCGCCACCACAGGCGAAGAGGUCAAGAACCCGCAGAAGGCCAUCCCCGUGGGCAUUGUUGCCUCCCUCCUCAUCUGCUUCGUCGCCUACUUCGGGGUGUCGGCCGCCCUUACGCUCAUGAUGCCGUACUUCUGCCUGGACAAGGACAGCCCCCUGCCCGACGCCUUCAAGCACGUGGGCUGGGAAGGCGCCAAGUACGCGGUGGCCGUGGGCUCCCUCUGUGCGCUUUCCGCCAGUCUUUUAGGCUCCAUGUUUCCAAUGCCUCGAGUUAUCUACGCCAUGGCUGAAGACGGACUGCUCUUUAAAUUUUUGGCCAAAAUCAAUGAUAGGACCAAAACACCAAUAAUCGCCACGUUAACCUCCGGUGCCAUCGCUGCUGUGAUGGCCUUCCUCUUUGACCUGAAGGACUUGGUGGACCUCAUGUCCAUUGGCACCCUCCUGGCCUACUCUUUGGUGGCCGCCUGCGUGUUGGUCUUACGGUAUCAGCCGGAGCAGCCUAACCUGGUGUACCAGAUGGCCAGAACGUCGGACGAGCUGGAUCAGGUAGAGCAGAGCGAGCUGGGGAACAGCAACGACUCCCAGACGGGCUUCUUGCCAGAAGCAGAGAUGUUUUCUUUUAAAGCCAUACUCUCACCCCAAAACAGGGAGCCUUCCAAAUUCUCUGGGCUGAUUGUGAACAUUUCAACCAGCCUUAUAGCCACUCUUAUCAUCAUCUUCUGCAUCGUGGCCGUGCUCGGGAAGGAGGCUCUGACCCAAGGGGAGCCGUGGGCAAUCUUCGUGCUCACGGGAUCUGUCCUCCUCUCCACCUUGGUCACUGGCAUCAUCUGGAGGCAGCCUGAGAGCAAGACCAAGCUCUCGUUCAAGGUGCCCUUCCUGCCGGUGCUGCCCAUCCUGAGCAUCUUCGUGAACAUCUAUCUCAUGAUGCAGCUGGACCGGGGCACCUGGGUGCGGUUUGCCGUGUGGAUGCUCGUGGGCUUUGUCAUCUACUUUGGCUACGGUCUGUGGCACAGCGAGGAGGCGUCCCUGGCUGCCGACCAAGCAAGGACUCCUGAGGGCAAUUUGGACCAGUGCAAGUGACGUGCAGCCCUGCCCCCUACAGGGGGCAGCAGCCCCGAGGGACACCCCCAGGAGACAGGAAGGCACCCCGCUCUCCCUACCAGUGUAACAGGAGCCGCCCCCAGCCACGACGCCCCCAGUGCAGCUGAAGGUGCAAUUACGUGAAGCGCAACCACAGCCACGGCUCACGUGUCCUGCCCAGACCCGGC